AUGGAGGCGGUGAGGGAUAGGGAAAGGGAGGAGCAAGGAAGUGCUUACUCAAGCCAAAACCAGAACCAAUUCCACCUCCGGAAUCCCACGGGCUCCCGGCCGGGAACACCUACGAGAGGACAGCAUCAGCUACAACCUCAGGCUCCUCCAGCGCCAUCACCGUCUAACACGCUAUCAGUCCUGGUCUCUUCAAUACACAAUCUAGUCCUAGACCUGACCGCAUCAUCCCAAUCCCCAACCUACACCAUACCCGCACAAAUAACCCCCCACCAGAUCCCCACCAUCGAGACUCUAACAACGUGCCUAGAAACUGUCUUCUCUCUUCUCCUACGGUUGAAAUCACCCACCUCCCAGUCCCCACCGCUGCCUCCUCCACCACCCCAAGCUCAACACCCCCAGACAACAACCCUCCCGCAAUCCCACCACCCCAACCAAAACCCACCCCAGACUCUCUCGACCGUCCAGCAAGCACACAGCACCCUCCUAAAAGCCCAUAAAUCACUGCAAGCAGCGCAUGCCCGCUCUCAAACUCGUGCCACGACCCUCGAGAAAAAACUCCUCGUGUGCACGGACGAGAACGAUAAUUUGACGAACGAACGCGAACGACUGCAGGGCGCGGUGGAAAGCCUUGAAGAGUCGCUAACAGAUGUGCGUGAGGAGCGGGACGAGAUUCGCCUGGAAUUAAGAAAGUCGGGCGUGCAGUGGGGGAGGAUAUUGGUGAACGCGGGGCGGUUGGCGGAGGGCGCUUCCAGAAUUGAGAAAGGGUUGAGGGGGGAAGUGGAGAGCUUGAGGGAGGAGGUGGGGUUGCUGAGGGGUAGAGGUGCUGACGGGGAUUCGCUUAUGGGAGGGAUGGAGAGAGAGGGAUUUUUCCAUGUGGGUGGGAGAGGAGGGGGUGAUAUGGAGGUAAGGGAAUUGAAACUUAGAGUCAGAGAAUUAGAAAGGAAUAUCGAGGAAGCAAGACGAGAUGGCAGAGGUGUGCUCGAGAUGGCGGAAAAGUUGGCAAAGCUAGGAAGGGGGAUUAUAGAUCGAUGACAUUCAUCCAUUUAUUCCCUUCACAUUUUCUCCCUUUUCUCCCUUUUAUAUAUCUUUUAUUCCCUUCCUUCCUUUCUACAUUCCUCUUCAUCACAUCCGGAAUUUCUCGUAUGCAUGGGUUAGGGCUUGGUUCCGGUUCUUGGUCUCGGAUGGUUUCGGGAGUUUUUCCUACGUUUUUACCUUCCGUCAUUUCCCUUUUUCUUUACGCAUAGUCUAUUUAAUUCAGUACACUAGUAGAAGCAUUGUCAUUUACAUUGGGAAGAAAAGAAUAUAGUUAGGUUUCUAGAG